AUGAUGCAAAGACGCAUGGUGAGUAUCCUCCCCGUUUAUCAAUUUCCCAAGACGCAGGCCUCGCUCUCCGAGCCCGACUAUAGAGCUAACGUACCCGGAAUAGCUCACCAAAGAGGACGAAAAGUCCGCGGGGACGAGGUUGAAGUGCGCCGCGAAGACCAGGACAGGAUCAACAAGUUUAGCCGGCUUAGCUCGCGCGAGCAGGUCCUCGAAGAAGAGCUCAAAGUUAAGGCGAAAGAGAAAGAAGAACUAGACGAUGUCAGCAUGGAACUCGAACUAGCAGACGAAGACGAAACUGUUCCGUACAAGAUUGGAGACGCAUUCUACCACGUCAAGCUAGAACAGGCGCAAGAGAUGCUUGAAAAGGCCUCGGAAAGAAUAGACAAAGACGUGGCUCGGUUAAGGGAUGAUAUUUCCUCCAUCCAAGACCAGAUGACCCAGCUCAAGGUCGAGCUAUAUGCCCGGUUCGGGAAGAGUAUAAAUCUCGAGAAAUAA